CCCGGGCGCGCGGGAAGGAGGCUUAAGGUGUAUUUGCUUGCUUGCUUGCAAGGGAGACUGUUCUGGGUGGUUCUUCUGUUCCCAAAGGCCAUGGGCAAUAUCUCGGGGCUCGUGCCAUCUCGGUUCUUGACGCUCCUGGCCCAUCUGGUGGUCGUCAUCACCUUAUUCUGGUCCCGGGAGAGCAACGUCCAGGCUUGCCUGCCUCUCAGGUUCACUCCCGAAGAGUAUGAGAAACAGGACAUCCAGCUGGUGGCAGCUCUCUGUCUCACCCUGGGCCUCUUUGCUGUGGAGCUGGCUGGUUUCUUCUCAGGAGUUUCCAUGUUCAACAGCACCCAGAGCCUCCUCUCUAUUGCGGCUCACUGUAGUGCAUCCGUGGCCUUAUCCUUCUUCAUAUUCGAGCGUUGGGAGUGUACCACGUACUGGUACAUUUUUGCCUUCUGCAGCGCCCUUCCAGCUAUCACUGAAACAGCACUAUUCGUCGCUGUCUUUGGGCUGAAAAAGAAACCUUUCUGAUCCAUCAAGAUGAGAACGUGGGGACGAAGACUGGAGAAGCAGCGACCCGCCUACCGUUCCAGGAAGAAGGAAGGAUUAAUCGGCUUCAGUUGUUUUCUCCUUAUCCCUCCCAACUACUUCUGUAGAGAAUGGCAGAGUUGGGACAAUCUCUCGAAUCGGAGAUUAGUAUCUUAUGUAAAAAUUUGUAAUGAAAUAUAUUUUAUAGUAAGAGCAAGACUUGAUACAAUUUUUUUCUGAAGACAGUUUUGUGAACCAAACUGGCUGUUUUCCGACCCUACAUACUGAAACAACAGGCGGCGCUUCUAUUUUGAUUUUUGCGGUAGACGGGAGCGGAAGGGAGUGGGCGGGGAUAUGUAAAGUAGUGCAUAUGAUUAGCCCCAGCGCUUAAGUGAGCGGAGCAUUCUGGGAGAGAUUUGUUUUUGUCUUUUUGGUAGCGGAAUAGAAAAAUAUCAUUUUUAAAAGGUUUGCCAAUGAGGAUGCACUAGGAUUUGAAGGUCCCUAAAUCACUGAGUUGCUCACACUAAGAUGAUGUAUUCUCAUCCUAUCUUUCAGAGGAAACGUCAUCACUGAAUGCGCAAUGGCCGGCUUGCAUAUUUAUCGUCAGGUGGGAUAAUCCUUACCUGUUCCUCCUUUCGGAGGGCAGAAAGAACGUGAUGAUUGGAGAUCGCAUGAUUCGUGAUUAACGUCUCUGCGUAAUCAGGACUUGCAACACCCUGAUUGCUCCUAUCUGAUUCUUCCUGACGAUCAUG